AUGGUCUACAGAACACACCUCACCGUCCUCGAGCAGAGCGCUGCUCUCUACUCCUCCGCCCCCGCCUUCAGGAUACCGCGCCUCUCCCCCACCGGCGCCGUUGAUGAGUGGGACUCCAUCUCCUACUCCCAGUUCCUCCUCGACGUCCAGCGGUUCGCAAGGCAUUGGGCCAGCGUGCUCUCCUCGCACAACCUUCCUCGGCGCUCUAUAGUCGGCUUGUGGCUCGGCGGGACCACUUACCUCGACGUACUCCACGUAUACGGGAUUGCGAGGGCCGGCUACAUCCCCCAGCUGUUCUCCCUCCGACUACCCAGCCCCGACGUCGUAUACGAGCUUCUCCACCGCGCAGGUGCACAAGCUCUGAUCUUCGACCCCGCCUUUGAAUCCAUCGUCGUCGACUGCGCCAUCCCGGCGGAGCUCGCGCUCGAUGCCCGCUCAAUAGACGUCUCGGACAAGCCUCUUCCACCGAUCUGGACCCCGUCCAACGGCGACGACGUUGUCAUGAUCUAUCACACCUCCGGAUCGACAUCGGGAAGUCCCAAGCUUGUUCCGUGCACUGCCGACUGGGUGAACGCCACCGUAGACAAGGCGGCUCGUGUCACCAGCCCUCGCAGGUCUGGGAGGCGAGACGUCACAGUCUGGAUCGGCAGCAUGUCCCACAUCGGACAGACCUUCAUGCUCAUGGGCUUCCUGCAGCACGGAGCAUGCACCGUACAGCCCAGUCAACUCCCCUUCCCUUCAUCCGAGCUGCUCGACAUGGUCCACCGCUGCGGCCUCAACCGGCUCAAUCAAUUUGCAUCCUUCUUGGGAGCCCACCUCCGUGCCGCUCGGACCGACGGCAAGCUCCUCGCCGCGCUGCAAAGCCUCGACGAGCUCCUCUACACCGGCCUCGCCCUCGGCGUCGACGAGGAGACCUGGGCGCGCGAGAAGGGCAUCCUCAUCAAGAACUGCUUCGGGAGCACCGAGGUCGGCGCGAUGCUGCUCUCCGUCGGCGGCCGCGGCCUCGACGCGAACCAGCUCCAGGCGAUCGAGGGCACCGACUACACCUUCGUCCCCGCCUCGCCGUCCCCCGCCGCGUCUCCCACAUCGCCCACCACCCCCUCCCCAGUCGACGAGACGAAGUACACGGACGCGAACUCGCGCCUGCUCGAGCUCGUCAUCCUCCCGUCCUCCGGGGACUGCCCGCACCCGUCCCUGCGCGCGCCCGACGGGCUCUACCGCACCGGCGACCUCUUCCUCGAGGUCGCGCCCGGGCGGUACGUCUCCCGCGGGCGCGACGACGACUGGAUCAAGUCCGCGAACGCGCUCCGCUGCGACACGCGCGCGGUCGAGGACAACGUCCGGGCGACGUGCGCGGACCUCGUCGGGGCGUGCAUCGUCGUCGGCAACGGCCGGCCGUCGCCCGCGCUCUUCGUCGAGCCCAAGGCCGCGGACGCGGAGUCCGAGGUCGAGAGGCUGAAGGCGGCCGUCCUCCGGCGCACGCGCCACUUCCACUCGCGCCGGUACAUGCACGAGCGCAUCGUGGACCCCGCGCUCGUGUUCGUCGUGUCCCCCGGGACGCUUCCCCGGACGGCCACGAAGGGGAACAUUCGUCGGCGCGCCGUCGAGGAGCAGUUCAGGGCGCAGCUCGACCAGGCCUACGGCGCUGGGUGCUGA